AUAUCAAUGUGGAAGUGAACAUUCCAUACUAUGUGCAAGUAGCAGUAAGUGUUGCUUUACCGUUUUAAAUUCUUAAAUGGUUUUAAAUCUCUAAAUUAGUAUGUUUUCUUUAAAGGAGAAUUACCAUUUGAAAAUGAGUAUCUUCCUAUACAGGCUGAAAGUUCACAGGGAUUCCCUGAACUCAUUGGUAUUGUUGUGUAAAAUGAAAGAUCUACAUGUUGGAAUCUUAUAAUUCUCUAUUUUACAGAACAAACAGUAAAAGUUCAUAAAGAGACUCAGGUGAAUCAAUUAGAUCUUCUCACACUAAAAGUAGAGCAUCACACAACUGAGUGCGUUUCAGUCAAGCCAAGAAUGCGCAGUAGAGGAACCCAAGUAAACGACAACAUAUUUGGCUGGAAGCUAGUGGACGCCGCAAGCAGCCCUAUUUGUGCAACUAGAAAGAGAAAAGAAAUGACGUCCCGGAACUGGAUAGUGACGACUCCUAUUUCUUCUAAUGAAAAGAACAGCAGUACAUGUAAUCAUGCAUGCAGUACUCCCUUAAAAAGCCCAGCACAUGUUAACACAACAAGAAAACGCAAGAGGCUAACAUUCGACGAGAGUAUGUCACCUGUUCCUUGUAUUAGUGAUCACGACGACGAGUCGUAUCGUCUUCCCUCUACUAUAUGCGUAUCUUCUGAAACCUCUGUAAAUUUAAGCUCUCCAUGUCCUUUUCAUCUUCGAAAUAGCCAUGCUGAACGGGAGAGGGCUAGAACAGUAAUGGAACGACAUUCUAAAAUUUACUUAGGAGUUGAUCAAGAUUGGCUUUCAGUAUUGCACCUCAUCACAUACAAAAUGGAAAAAGUAUAUAACAGUGAUAGAAUUCUAGACACUAUUUACAUUGUAUUUUUAGUGUUACGUAAGCUUAAACUAAACGGAAGCUUUGAUAUUCUUGGCCAUGUGUUCCACAUUAGUGUAAGUCAAGCAGCAAAAAUGUUUCGAAAGCAUUUGCCAUUUUUAUCGGACCAUUUCCAAGAACUGAUUGUUUGGCCGUCCAGUAAUUCUAUUAAAAAGACAUUGCCAGUUGGGUUUCGAAAAAGUUUUCGGAAAGUAGAAACCAUAGGCGAUUGCCUUGAAAUUGAAAUUCAAAAACCAACGUCAGCGUUUGCACAAGCCCUAACUUGGUCAAGCUAUAAGAGCGCCAAUACAAUUAAGUAUUUUGUAUCAAUAACACCAAAUGGCAUUUACAACUUUUGUUCGAAAGGGUAUGGGGGACGAACCACCGAUGAAAUGAUUACAUCAAAUUGCGGAUAUUUAAAUGUCGUCAGACCACACACGGAAGUAAUGGUGGACAGAGGAUUUAAAAAAAUUGAGCCUAUGGUGCUUUCCAGGAAAGCAACAUUAGUAAGACCACCAAGUGUAUCUGCAUCACAAAAGCUGUCCAAAAAAGAUUUUCUAAGUGCUAGAAAGAUAGCUGGAUUGCGAAUACAUGUAGAACGGGAAAUAAGGAGAAUUCGCGAGUUUAAAUUUCUUGCUCCCCAUGCUGUUUUAAAUAACCGUUGGUGUGUCUAG